AUGAGUAGUGGAAAAUAUCCAGAAAUGAACUGGGAGGCAACAGACCUACCAGAAGAGUUCCAGCUUUUCAGACAAAGAAUGGAGCUGAUUCUAGCAGACCAAGACAUAACUGAUCAGAGAAAAGUGGCUAUAAAAAUCAAGAUUGCUGUAGGCAAUGAAGGCUUGCGUCGAAUCAAUGCAUCGGGGCUAUCAGAGACCGAUAAAGAAAAACCGCAAGAGCUAUGGAGACUAUUAGAGGCACAGUUAAAGGUCAAUAUCAAUUUUCGCAUACACCGCUUAGAGCUAAUGCGGUACAGGCAGAAACCAGAUGAAACGAUCGAUGAAUUCGUUACCAGGUGUAGGGACAAAGCCAAAAAUUGCGAUUUCGAGGAAGCUGAGUUAAAUGAGCGAAUCAUGGAGUUAGUGAUUGCGUCAACUCCAAGUCUCGAAUUCCAAAAGUCAUUGCUAGAUCAACCGAAAGGUUACAAGGUCGAACAAAUUUUGGUAGAAGGUCGUAAAUACGAGGCAGUUGCUGCGAGCCGACAAUGUCUUGAGACACUAGACCCUCAACAGAAUAUCGAUUCGUUCAAGCGUAACCAGGGACGAAAAGCAUGUGGUAACUGCGGACGUUUCCACAAACCUCGUCAGUGCCCUGCGUAUGACGAUGAGUGCCGUGCCUGUGGCACCAAGGGCCAUUGGGCCAAAUUCUGUCGUAAAUCGAAAAAUGAUCGUAGUCGUAAACAGAAUCGUAGAUCAGAUGACCGAAGAUCCGACACGGUAUCUGAUGAUCGUAAACCAAGACAAAACAAAUCACGAUCAAAGUCGAAAAGUCGAAAGAGUAAACCAAUAAGCGAAAUGGACAUAACACAUGAUACUACCACAGAUCAUGAUCAUUAUCAAUCUACAGAUAGUCCAUUCAACGUAGCACAAUUCGACACCAUACACACUAGUGGACCACACACAGUUGUAAAUCCAGAAGGUACUGUAGCAUUUGCUAACAUUGACAUAAUAUGCCCACAGAGAGAAGGUCAACAUAAGCUUUACCUAAAAGUGGACUCGGGGGCAAGUGCUAACACUAUCACAGUACGUACCGCCAAAGCAAUAUACGGUCCAAAGUGGGAAUCAGUAGUGAAACAAACAACAAUAAAACUUAUAGCUUACGGAGAGACACAAAUUCCAUGUAAGGGUACACUAGACAUAAAGUGUAGAUACAAGAGUACAAAAUGGUCAACACAUACAUUCUAUGUAGCAGAUGUCAAGGGUCCAGCGAUCCUAGGGUUGUUAGGUUGCACUGACCUUGGAAUUAUCACAAUUCACUCAAUGGACAACAAAACACCUACAACCAAUCCUAAACCUAAGCAAACACCUAUCACAAGUGUAAGGGAUCUCAAACAAGCAUAUCCGAAUCAGUUUGACGCUAUUGGUAGUUUCCGAGGGAAGGCAAUGCUUCAUAUAAAGGAUGAUGCUAAACCUACCAUAGACGCACCCCGCAAGUGCAGCGUACACUUGAAAGACAAAAUCAAGGCGGAACUGGACAAAAUGGAGCAGCAAGGAGUCAUCAGAAAAAUUGAGUACCACACCGAUUGGUGCAGCUCCAUGACCACUGUUGUGAAGAAAGAUGGAUCCAUCAGGAUUUGUCUUGACCCCAGGAGGUUAAAUGAUGCCUUGAAGAGAUGCCCACACAAGGUACCAACCUUGGAAGAGGUCCAACCUGUCUUCGCAGGAGCUCAGUACUUCUCUAAGUUAGACGCGAAGGCUGGUUACUGGUCGGUUCACCUAGCAGAGGAGUGCCAGGAUCUCACCACAUUUCGUACACCAUUUGGAAGGUACUGCUUCCAAAGACUACCAUUUGGGUUAUGUACUAGUCAGGAUAUCUUCCAGCAGCAUAUGGAUAGGAUUGUCCAAAAUGUGCCAGGCUGCAUAUGCAUCGCAGAUGACAUAGCGAUCGUAGGAAGAACGGAGGAGGAACACGAUAGGAAUCUCUACCUACUCAUGGAGACGGCAAAGCAAGAAGGCUUAGUUUUCAACAGCUCCAAAUGUACUAUCAAGAAGGAAGCCAUCAACUUCUUCGGUUCCAAGUACACUAGAUCAGGUAUCUACCCAGAUCCGAGCAAGGUAGAAGCUAUCACAUCAAUGCCAUCACCCAAGGACAAAGAAGAUGUUCAGAGAUGCCUAGGAUUAUUCACAUACCUAGCAGCAUACAUUCCUAACUUCUCAGAGAAGUCAGCGCCACUUCGAGAACUUCUACACAAGGAAGUACCAUUCAUCUGGGACGAUGAUCAUGAACAUUCCUUGAACAGCCUGAAAAGUGCAGUAUCGUCAGGUGCAUGUCUACAAUUCUAUGACCCAAAGAAAGAGACAACUCUUGAGGUAGAUGCAUCGAUGAAAGGGCUAGGAGCAUGCCUGCUCCAGCAAGGCAAACCAGUUGCAUUUGCAUCCAAAAGUCUUUCCACUGCACAAUCCAACUAUUCCAACAUAGAGAGGGAAACCUUAGCCCUAGUGUUUGGUAUUAACCGCUUCCAUACAUAUCUGUUCGGAAGGAAUUCACCGUCAUAA